CUCUUUUUCUUCUGCUCCCCUCCAGCCCCCCCGAGCCCUCCAGCCACCGACUCAUUUCUUGAGAAAAUUGGUGACCAAGCUUGGGAUUUCUUCUUCUUUUCUUGUUAAAUCACAAGAUUUGGGGCUUAGAAUUCUCUCCCUCAACCCAGAAAAUCCCGGAUUUGCACUGUUUUCUUCUUCUUGUCCGCCGGCUGCUGUGGGUGUGAGAUUUUUGGGCUUUUUCUCGUAAGAUUUAGCCAUGAAUCCCUCUCUUUAACCUUGAUUUAGGCUGGGUUUACCUUGAAUUGUGCUUUGGUUUUUGGAUUUGGUAGCCGCGAGCUCCCCUGCAGAAUUUCCGUUGGCCUUCCCUCAAACCCGCCAGUCCGACUUUGCUUGCUGGAUUUCUGGUUUUGAUCAUUCUGUCACCGUAGCACUGAGAUCGAGUUUUUGGUUUUAUGCGAGUGAGGUAAGUAAAUUAUGGUAAAACACUUUGAUUUUAAAGCAUGUUUUAAAUUGUUUUUGAGAUGGUGGCAGUGUUUUAAAACCCGGCCCGGCCCGGCCGGUUGAACCGGUUGAACCGGACUCGGACCUGAAAACGGGCCGAGUGCAUACUUCGGCCCGUUUAAGCAAAUGGCCCGUUGAAACCCGUUGAAACCCGUCAGACCCGUCCCGCCCGUUGAACUCUUGCGACCCGCUGCAACCCGCCAGGCUGAAAUUUUCAUCAUCUUCUCGUUCGUCGAUUCUCCGCCGAUCGUCCGCCGAUCGUCCGCCGAUCAUUCGCCGACCGUCCGCCGAUCGUCUCUUCCACCGAUCUUCUCGUCCGCCGAUCUUCUUGUCCGCCGAUGGUCCACCGAUCUUUUCUUCCGCGAUCGUUCGCCGAUCUUCUCCACCGCCAAUCGUCCGCCGAUCUUCUUUUCCGCCGAGCGUCCGCCGAUCUUCUUUUCCGCCGACCGUCCACCGAUCCUCUCCUCCGCCGCUGCACUUCUUCUCUUUCGCCGAUCAUCUUCAUCUCCCUCGUCUGUUCUGCUCAAAACGAUCUAUAUCGUUUUCGGGUGAAACCGUGAAGGAAACGAAACCGAGGAUGGGGAAACCAAGGGGAGUGACGAGUUAGAAGGCUAGCCACUUGUAAUUUGAUACGGAUUUUAGAUAUAGAUCAUGAUCUUGUAAACUAGAGUUUAAUUGGAGAUUUUAUAAAUUCAUUUAAUGAAUUGUUAGUUCAUAA